CGUCCGGCGUCCGAUCGCGUCUCGCGACUUACCGGUGUAACCGCGUCGAGCCGCGAUCAUAUCGACGCAAUCGCCGCGUACUUACCGGUUAGGUCAGGUCCGCUCGGGCGUUUGUGCACACACGAAUCGGCCACGCGGACAAUUUUCAAACCGGAAGACGUCCGGUCAGCGCACGUUUAACAUGAAAGAUACAUUCGAACCAUCUACACCUAAUCCAACAAAUUGUAUAAAUCAAAUUACCGUUUGCUAACUUCCAAGCAGCAAAAAGGUAUGCGGACAAUUUUUUUUGGGCCGAUCUUUAGAACACAAGCACACGGCCAUUACAGUUACAGCAGCUAAGCGCCGUCUAAAGAUGGACUCUGCAAACCAUCGGAAUGGUCAGCCAAAAACCGAACACGCAGAAUGAUGUGGAUUUCCUAACCGGGUGAUGCUGAGUGAUGAACGGCGGUCUAGAGUUGGUGACCGCCUUGGCAGUCUGUGGCGUGGCGGCCCUGGCCGCGUUCAUAAACGGAUAUGUCUUGUUGGUCAUCUUGCUCACCAAACGGACCAGUUCACCGAUAAACGUGUUGCUGAUCCAUUUGAGCACCGUCGACCUGAUAGUGUGCGUGGCAGUGCUCGUGUCCGCGUUACCGGAAACGUUCAAUCCGGAUCGACCGGUCGCACCGUGGUUAUGUCCGGUCCACGGUUUCCUAUUCACAUUCUUACACCCAAUGGCCAUUUGGACGGUGUGCGGCCUAAACUGCGACAGAUACUAUGCGAUAGCGUCGCCUUUGCAUUACGGCACGUUAGUGAACAACCGCAAGAUAAUGUUGGGCCUUUGCGGCACUUGGAUCGUGUGCUUGUUGAUCUCGAUGCCGCCGGCUUUCCGGUUGAUCCCGUACACUUACCUGCCGGGCCUGCCCGUCUGCACGCCGGACUUCAGCUAUGGCCGGGCUUCUUCUGUGUUCUACAGCAUCUUCUACACGACCGUCACUCUGGUGCUUCCCGGUGUCAUCAUACUGGGGUGCAACAUAAAAGUAUUCACCAUUGCCCGGUAUCACAGGCACAGGAUAGCCUCGGCCAUUUUCGAGGUGACGCUGUCCGCCCAAGUGACCAUAACGCACCAGCGGAACCCGUUCUUCCUGCCGGCCGGCGUGGCCAACAAGCUGCGCCGGAACAACGCGUUCUCGGCCGUGUUCCAGAUAAUCGGCUCGCUGGCCGCGUUCUACGUGCCCUACUAUAGCGUGUCGCUGUACGAGUCCAUGUGCGCCGCGCUGGACGUUUCGCCGGACACCGACCCGGCCGUCAAGUCGCUGUCGUUCGCGCUGAUCACCAGCUCGGCGCUGUGCAACGGGCUGCUGUACGGCAUCAAGAACAAGCUGCUGAAGAAAACCUACCAGAACUACCGGCGCAAAAUGAUGACCAAGUGCGAGGUCAACCAGGAGAUCCAGGCCAGGACGCCGUCGGCGUGCGGGUCCCGGCGACCGUCGCUGACGCCGGUGGCGUCGAACAGCUACAGGCCACUGCCGCUGGUCCGGCGGUCGUCCGACAUGAGCCUGACCGAGCCCGGCCAGCUGAGGCGCAUCAAGGCCACCAGCUCGGCCAACGGGCUCAACUUCGGCAACUACUACGCCGACCUGGCCGCCAAAAUCGACAACGGCUCCAUCAGGCGGUGCCGGUCGUCGUGCAACGGCGACGCGGCCGCGGCCGCGGACGGGUUCGCCGCGCUGCCCGCCAACCGCAACUCGUUCGUCCGGAAAAUCCUACAGGACUCGUGCAGGAGGUCGCCGCGGAUACUCAUCACCCGGGCCAUGUCCGAGGAGAACGAGUCGUACACGUCGGAACCGAACACGCCCGUCAGGAAGGACCUCGUCCACAAGCUGUCCUCGUCCAGCGUCACCCUGUUCAUCGACGAGAGGAGGCGGGCGCGGGGCGGUUCUUACGGGUUGCACGACCGCGAAGACGACGACGACGACGACGACGAAGACGAAGACGUCUCGCCGGGCUACAGCAGUCUGUCAUCCAGCAACGACGACAGCAGUUGUGCCACCCAAGCGUGCACUCGUUUCAACAGAAUGUCCACGUGAAGCGCGUCCACCCCUCACCAAAGUCCCUUUCGGAAAUUCCCAAUAAUGACGGAAUUUCCUACACCGCGAACCACUCAACAUCUCAUAGGAUUUAAUGGGAAAUUUAUACAGUAUGAUCUUGUUUUUAUCCCCCACCACUGGGUGUACUUAUUUUUAUAUCAACUUUUGAAACUUAAACGAUAACGUAGAUUAUAGGUCAUAUAGUAAGAUUGUAGGUGAUGUGCCAGAGCUAAGACAUGGAAAUGUCAAAAAAAAAUUUUAAUUUCUUAUUAAACCCUAUGAGAUAUUGAGUGGUUCGCCAUAAAAUUAUCACCCCGCAUAUGGGAAAUUCGACUUGUAGGAAGCCGCCAUUUUGUGACUAGUUAUUGUUUAGUAAAUGAUUUAUCAAAUAUGUGUUAUCAUCAUAUUAUUAUCAUCUAACCUAAAAUUUUAAUAUGUAUCAUGGAAAGUAACGUAUCAUAUUUUUUAUUUUCCAUGAAAUCCGUACACAAAAUGGCUGCCUCCCAGGUCGGGAUAUUUUGCAAUCUAAACACGCGUUCCAGGCUGCUUGCACGGCCAAACCCGACCAUUAGGUGGUACAACCCGUCCAGUUUGUCUUGAUCCUUAGAUCCUUUACAAAGGACAGAGCUACUAUCCGUGUUUCCACAGAACUGGUGUAUAGAACGCGCGUAGCCUACAGCGGGCUGUUUAUUAAAAUGUCCACUAUGGGAAGGCCGCCAUGAUGUGAACAGCUGUAAUUGUUUUUUCCAUGAUUUAUCAAAUAUAUGACUGUGUUAACAGCUAACCUAACAUAUUGAUAUAUGUUUGCUCGAUCCGUUGUACAUGAUCUAAGUCUCGAACCCUGGCGACUGUUACCUUUUUAAAAUUAUUAGGGAUUAGUAAAACCAUCCGAUGCACAUAAGUGUGGCCGACGCUUCUUAUAAUGUGUUUUUUUUCUCACUUUGUUUCAAGUAAAUAAAGACUAAAAAUGUACGAGUAAACACAAACACUAUCGCGACAAGCUAAUAAAUUUGUUUGUUUUCCGUGCAAGACGUUCAAUAUGAGAUCAAAAACUAUACGAGUGUUGCCAAACUCAUUUUCCCAUUUUUUAGAUGAUAUUUGAAACUUAUGAUAAGAAAAAAACUAAAUCAAAUAUUUAUCGUAUUGUAUUGUAAUUUUUUUUUUGUAAAUUAUACGUAGUUUAAUGAAAAAAAACGACCAUAUUAUAUUAUAGUAUUAUUUUUUUCAAAGAAAACGUCAGUAUUACAUUACAAACGCGUUAUGUUGUUUUUUUUAUGUUUGUUUACAUCGUUUUAGCAAAUCGAGAAAAAUAUAUUUUAUUGUUUUUUACAAUAUUGUUAUUGCUUAAAAAAUAUAUAAUCGGUCGCUGCGUUAUAAAUGUAGUCUAUGCAAUUACUUAACGCUGUAUGUCUAAUGUACAUUAUAUAUUCUGUAGAUUAAACAAAUAUUGUAUAACAUACAAUGUCGUAUCUAGUCAGUUAUGUUUAAGAUAAUAAUUAUUAUAAAAAAGUAAAAUAACUUAAUAAAUAAUAAAGUUAAUGUCCUCCCUCUCCCCUACAGAUCUCGAUUCAACGAUAAUAAUAUUAUGUAAGUAAAGUUAACCAUACAUUUUGAAAUCACAAUUAUUACAAUAAUUUAAGUAUAUUAUUAUCAUCAUAUCGCUAGAAAACCUUACCUUUGUAAAAAAAAACUAUCGUUUACAU